AUGGAGGUGAUCAGGACGCUGGUAUGGAGUAUGGUGGUGAUCAGGACUGGUAUGGGGUAUGGUGGUGAUCAGUACGCUGGUAUGGGGUAUGGUGGUGAUCAGGACGCUGGUAUGUAGUAUGGUGGUGAUCAGGAUGCUGGUAUGGGGUAUGGUGGUGGUGAUCAGGAUGCUGGUAUGUAGUAUGGUGGUGAUCAGGAUGCUGGUAUGGGGGGUAUGGGGUAUGGUGGUGAUCAGGAUGCUGGUAUGGGAUAGUAUGGCGGUGAUCAGGACGUUGGUAUGGGGGAUGCUG